GGCAUUUGAUUACAGUGGACUCAGCCUUCUUACAUGACCAGGAGCAGGCAGUUCUUGUCAGUCCAGUUCUGGACCAGCAGGACUGGAGCUGUGUGAGGCUGGUGUACCAGAUCACUGGACGGGGUUCCUUGAAGCUCCACCUCAGACCAGACGGUGAUAACUUCGACCACCAACUGUGGAAUGCCAACAAAGCCUCUGACAGCUGGCUCAUUGCUAGUGUGGACCUACCCAACACCACAGUCCCCUACCAGGUUUUGCUGGAAGGUCGACCUGAACACGGCUCAGGGAACAGCGUGGCCAUCUUUGAAAUUCACAUUGUUACUGGUUACUGCAUUGAGUGUAAUUUUGAGGAGCAUCACCUGUGUGGCUACAGUAACAGCUGGAACCCAAAUGUCAACUGGUAUGUUGGGGGAAGUGUGGCUAGAGAGCCUGAGUCUAACCUGCUUGGAAACCACACCAACAAUAACCAGAGAGGCCACUACAUGUAUGUGGACUCUGUGUACGCCAAGCACUUCCAGGAAGUGGCCAAGCUGACCUCACCCAUGACUACGGUGCCCAUGGCCGGCUGCCUGUCCUUCUACUACCACCGAGACCAGGAGAGGGGAAACAUCUUUUCAGUUUUCACCAAAGACCAGCUGGGCCACUUUGAGGAGAUCUGGAGGCCAGAGGUGUAUGUUACCACCGCCUGGACUCUGGUCGGCAUUGACAUAAAGGCCCCACACCCCCUUGAGGUGGUAUUUGAGGUAGCUUUUAACAGUGCCAGAGGUGGAUACGUCGCCAUUGAUGACAUCUCCUUUACCCCUGAAUUCUGCCACACUGACACAGUGUGUAUAGUCAAUUUGAUAUUGGCUUCUCUGCCAGAUCUGGGCCAGAACCGUUCACUGCAGUAG